AUGGCCUUUGUGCCAACCAAGAGGAAAAAGAACACCAAAUCCAUGAUGCAAGGAAGUAACCACCAGCAGGCUGGAUCCUUAUCAGCUGACAGAGUUACUUCUACCAACUCUGAAGUGGAGCUUGACAAAGCCAAGUCUAAUGAGAAUAGAACACAGGGUAAGGCAUGCCCUCAAGAAAAACAGCCAGAAGAAGAGAUACCAAAAGUACCAAUGGGACCAGGACCAUAUUUUUAUAUCAGUGGAUCUAAUGGAGCUGGGCUUGUGAGCAUCUAUUGCCAGAGCAGAGGCUGGCAGCGUAUCUAUGACAACAGAAGAGAGGAUUAUGCACUGAAAUGGUGUGAGAUCAAGUGCCGAGAGACCUAUUACCAUUUCAAAGAAGGUGAACAGCUUCUCUAUCAGAUUCCCAACAACGGAGUCCUCACCAGUAAGAUAGGGCUUCUAUGCUGCCUGAGAGAGCAAGAGCGGAUGAUGAAAAAAAUCAGUAGGAGCUCUAAUUCCAAGUUACUGAAGAUGGAAGAAUUCUUCCCAGAAUCUUUUCGGCUGGACUUAAAAGAUGAGAGAGAUGCCUUUUUUGAGCUUUGCAAAGAAGAACAGAUUUGGAUCUGCAAACCAAGUUGCUCUAACCAAGGUCGAGGAAUUUUCCUGCUUAAAAAUCCAGCUGCUGUCAACACCCUUCAAGCCAAGCUCCACAGCACUGAGGAAUACCUACUCAAUAAGAGGGUGCCAUACCAGGCUUCCCAGGCAAGAAUAGUGCAAAGGUAUAUUCACCAGCCUCUGCUCCUGGAAGGGAAGAAGUUUGAUGUCCGAUCUUACCUCCUCGUUGCCUGCACAGCACCCUACGUGUUGUUUUUUGCCCAGGGUUACGUCCGGUUGACCUGUGUCAAUUAUGAUGCCGCUUCCGAUGAUCUGACUGUUCAUCUGACCAACCAGUACAUGCAGAAGAAGAACUCCCUGUACAGCCAGCUGAAAGAUGAGACAGUUUGGCGGAUGGAGCACUUCAACAGCUACGUUAAUGAGAAGUUCAGAAAAACCAGCGGCCUCCCCAAAGACUGGGUUUUCACUGUGUUUACUAAAAGGAUGCAGCAGAUCAUGUUGCAGUGCUUCCUGGCAGCCAAGCACAAACUGGAUCGCAAACUGGGCUACUUUGAUCUCAUCGGCUGUGACUUUUUAAUUGAUGAAAACUUUAAGGUCUGGCUUCUGGAGAUGAAUGCAAACCCAGCAUUGCAUACCAACUGCAAAGUCUUGAGAGACAUCAUCCCAACUGUAGUCUACGAGAGUCUCGAUUUGGUUCUCGAGGUUUUCAAGAAGCGCCUCAAAGGCCAGAGUGUUUUGCCUUUAAAGGCGCUCUGCCACUUCGUGCUUCUCUAUCACGAGGAUGCUGCAGACCCUGGCCAGAAACAACCCUCGAAGCUCAGAACCGGCCUGUGCACAGGGCGAUUUCUGCGGCCACAAACAGGCAGUACCAGCCACUUCGGUCAGAGCCCUGCCAAAGUGCUGGAGAACUCUUCCAAGAAACUUGGUCGCUCUAGAAAAAAGGUUGCCUUGUUGCCCAGAAAGAAUUAUCAACAAACUGUCCUAACUAUACCGCACGUGCAGCUCUUCGACCAUCAUGGAAAAAGCCUCUGA